AUGUCGACAAACAAUCAUGAGUUCGAUCUGCAUAGAAUCUUCAAUGUAGAAGGAAGAGUUGCUGUGAUCACAGGCGGCGGCUCUGGCCUCGGGCUGAUGGCAGCACAAGCGCUUGCUGUCAACGGCUGCAGGGUGUACAUUGUAGGUCGCACUGCUGCGAAGUUGGAACGUGUCGUGCAAGUACACGGCCAAGGCAUCAAAGGCUCAAUCAUACCGUUGGUCGCCGACAUUUCGCGCAAAGACGAGAUUGCGCGCCUCGUCCAAGAACUGGAGAAACGAGAGAGUCACGUCGAUAUCGUCAUCAACAAUGCGGGAAUAUACAGCAAUCGACAGUGUCCCGAGGGUUCCAGCGCAGUAGAAGUGAGACAAAACUUGUUCGACGUGGAGAAUGCCACCUUUGAAAACUGGAAUGAUGUGUAUCGAACAAAUGUGGCUGCGGUCUAUUUCGUAACGACAGCUUUCCUCCCGCUGCUACAGCGUGCCAGCGCCCGCCGGCCCGGCUGGACAAGCACUGUCAUAAAUAUAUCCUCGAUCAACGGCCUCAUCAAGGAGUCGCUCAGCCGAUUUGCUUCGAACUCGGCCAAGGCUGCAACGAUUCACUUGACCAAGAUGCUGGCGGUGGAGAUUGCUAAUUGCCGCCUUUCCAUCAGAGUCAACUCCAUUGCGCCUGGACUUUUUCCGAGUGAGAUCACCACGGGCAGCAGCGAUCAAAGUCAGAAGUCUGUUCUGCCGCCAGGAACAUGCAGCGAGAUUUCGGCUGGAAGACCAGGCAACGAUGUGGACUUCGCAGGGGCAAUCCUCUUCGCGGUAACAAAUGAGUAUAUAAACGGACAAAUCGUCGCCGUGGACGGAGGCUAUCUGGUUAAAUAUGGAAAACUAUGA